AACAGUAUCCCACAUCGCGAUCGUCGGAAACCGGAAAACGUAAUUUUGUAGUUUCUUAAGGUUUAAUAACUAGUGUAGUAAAUUUUCUUUUAUCAAUCAAAAUGAGCAACUUAAUCGCAAGCCUUGUGCCAUUGAUGAGACGAAGUUUCAUUCAAAUAACCAGCGUACGAAAUUAUGCAACACCAAAGGCAGGAGGAGCCCUCGGUGGGUCAAAAAAAAAGAAGCUCGGUAAACUUGGCCCAGUCGUGGAAAAGAAAGUAAUACCAGUAGAAACAGAUGCGAACAAACUGGUGAGCUUUGUAUGCGGUAGUAACAUUAUGAAGCAAGGCGAAGAUAUCAAACUUAAGCCUGACUCGGAAUAUCCGGAAUGGUUGUGGACGAUGCACGUCGGGGCUCCUCUGACGCUGGAAGAAAUGGACCCCAACACGAAAGCGUACUGGCGCAAACUGAGGCGAAUGGCGUUGCAGCGCAGCAAUAAGUUAGCAAAGUUGAAAAAGUUCUAAUCUAUUUGUUUGAUGUGUUUAAGGUAAUGUGGUUGUGUAGAAAAUAAAAUGCAAUUAAUAAAUGCUUAGAAUUGUAUAUUCAUUUUUCAUUGCAUAGGAAAAUGAAAAGUGACACACGAAGAACGAUAAAUAUUAGU